AUGGGUGGGUCUCCCAGGACCGAAUCUCCUCUCACUGCUUUGCUGACAAGUGAUGAAAGGUCUUACUCCGGUACAUUUCUUCUCCCAUGGCUCGACCAUGAUGCUGGGCGAGGAGUCCGAAUCCGCACAUUAUUGGAAGAAAAGCGGCGAUGAAGCUCUCGCGAAUGGAAUCAAGGGCGUCAUCAUGAUGGUUCGUAGGACGAACCAUCUCACAAUGACCCAUCUCUGACACUCGCACAGGGAGCCCAUUGGGAUGCCACGGGCGAUGUGAUUGAAGUAUGCAUGAACCCAUCACCAGGCAAAUCUCCCGUGGCCUACGUCCAUCCAUCCAAAUACGUCGACUACAAACUCGAACCCGACCUUGCCACGGGAGAACGCUGCAUGAAGAUGCUCCAAGCAGAAGGCUUCAACGUCCGGCCCAACCCCAGUUUCGAGUGGAUUCAUGAUACAUAUCUCAUCCUGAUCCGGAUGUUCCCCGACAAGUGUCCGCCCACCACCAUCCUCUCCUUGAAUGCGCGCUUCGAUCCACACUUCCAUAUGCGUGUCGGUAGCACUCUUCGCUCCCUCCGUAAGGAAAACUAUCUCCUCAUCGGCACGGGCGGAGCGGUGCACAAUCUCUUCCGCAAUAAUUGGACUCCCAUGCUGAAAUAUCGCGACAAUUUCGCACAGGAGAAACCACCCGAGACAUGGGCGUUGGAGUUCCGACAGAGCGUGGAAGACGUGCUUUCGAAGAAUCGAGGUCCGGCUUUGAGAAGAGGUGUUACGAGGCUGAUGAAGCAUCCGCAGUAUCGGGAUGCGCAUGCUACGGAUGAUCAUUUUAUGGCUGCCUGUUUUGUCUCGGGGGCGGCGGGAGACUGGGAGGAUGAAGAGGAGGAGAGGGGGAGGUUGGAGGCUGAGACGUGGGAGUUGACGAACAUGUGUAAUAGUCAGUUUACUGUUGGGAGUUGGAAGGGAGGACCGGCCGUUGCUGCUCAUUGA